AAUCCAACAGUCGGAGAUGAUGCUGCUGUCACUCUCCUCCGUCAGCACCUCCUGCAGGUUUGCUCCAUGUUUUCUGGUUGAAUCUUUCAGAAAGCUCCAGCUGUGGGUGUGUUUGUCUUUUAAAGCGACAUCAAAUAAAAGAACUCCACUUAAUGCACAUGUUUAACACUGAGCCGACCUGUUUGGACCUUAAAGACUCAAACCAUCAUGUCAACAGUGUGCAGCAUGAAUUAUACAUGCAGGGACUUAAAGACCUCCUCCUGCUGCUGGCAUGGAGCUGCCCAGGUGAGGACAGAGAUGUUUGUUCAGUCGUCUCAUGCAAACCUCAGACACAAGAAGAAGUGAGCGGACACUUUAAUGACUGAAACCAUGAACUUCAGUCUGACUGCUGCUGUUUGCAUCCUGAUCAUCACACGGUGCACGGUGACGUCGACUCAUCCUGAAUGUUCGAUUAUUCUUCAUCUACAAAAGAAGGAGGACGAGUGUAAGCUGAGGAUGAACGCUGCAGCAUCACUUAACACCACAGCAGGUUGUGUGAUGGAGUGGGAUGGAGUGAGCUGUUGGCCGGCUGUCUCAGAAGGAGACGUCGUCUCCGUCCACUGUCCUCUGCCGCUGCUGAAGCCUGGAAGUCCUCCAGUUCUGAUCUCACGGAGGUGCACAGUCCGAGGAUGGAGUAAACCAAGCGUGCCGUAUUAUGAAGCCUGUUACUACGAGGCUUUUGAUGGAGAUGAAGACAUGGGCACAGAGAAAAGAUACUUCGACACCCUGAGGUUGAUCUACAGCGUUGGGUAUGGAGUGUCUCUGGCCGCUCUCCUCGUCGCUGCUCUGCUUUUCUGCUGCUUCAGGAAGCUGCUCUGCAGGCGUAACUGCAUCCACCUCAACCUGUUUGUGACGUUCAUGCUCAGAAGUCUGUCUGUGUUCAUCAAAGAUUCAGUGCUGUUUGCAGACCAGAGCACAGACCACUGCACCGUGUCCUCACCUCAGUGCAAAGCAGCUGUGACCUUCUUCCACUUCUGCGUCUUGUCUAACUUCUCGUGGUUGCUCGUGGAGGGUCUGUACCUGCAGACUCUGCUGCUCUUCACCGUCACUCAGACCAGGACGCUCUUCUGGAUCCACGCCACCGUCGGCUGGGAUUUUGUAGGAACUCCGUCAGUGGCCGUUGUGGUCUGGGCCCUGAUGAAGAAACAGCUCGACGAUGAAGGGUGUUGGGACAACCUGGAGAGCCGCCUAUGGUGGAUCAUCAAGACUCCCAUUCUGCUCUCCAUCUUUAUGAACUUCCUGAUCUUCCUGAACAUCAGUCGGAUCAUCGCUCAGAAGUCAAAGGCCACACGCGUGAACCAAAAUGAGCCACACCUGUACAGGAGACUCGUCCGAUCCACCCUGCUCCUCAUCCCUCUGUUCGGCCUUCACUACGUGGUGUUUGCACUGUUUCCAGAACAUGUCGGCGUCCGGCCUCGACUCUGCUUUGAAUUAGUUUUCGGCUCCUUCCAGGGUUUCCUUGUUGCUCUGCUGUACUGCUUUCUGAAUGAAGAGGUCCGAAAAGAAAUCCAGAGGGCGCUGAGAAGACGGUGGCCUGAGACUAACACGAACGCCGUCAACCUUCCAGCUCAGGAGGACGUCCCCUGAAGUCCAAACACAGACAGACU